GCUGCACAGAAAGGCCAUGUACCCUCUCCACUCGACCAACGACGCCGUCGUCGAGCACGCGCUACUAACGCUAUGGAAGAUCGCAUCCAACCCGAGCCAUCUGAAUGCGGAACACUGCACUCUCGAUACGAUCCCGAUUGGUGUUUGGAGCUCUGUCGGCGCUGUGCUCCUUCACAUCAACCCCCGGAUCCGGACCGCCAGUGCUGCUGUUCUUAAGAGCGCGUGCACCAGUGCACCGCGUGUCGCCCACCAACUUGUGCACAAGUCGGACGUUGUGCCGCAACUUUGCCAACAUUUGAUAUCCACGCUGCCAGGGACCACGGCAGCCGAACUGACGCUCGUUGUCCAAGCACUCCUCGCGCUCACCACGCUCGAUGCAUCGAUGCUUUGCAGCUACGGCGCCAUUGACGCGGCCUCCUUUGUGCUGCUGCACCCAUCGUACGCUGCACUCGACUACGCACCCGCGCAAGUCGUCGCCCUGCGCAUUCUCUCCUCUCUCGUAUACGCCUACCCACCAGCGUUUGAAGACAUGGAGACGAAGCGGCUCUUCCCGCAUCUCUGCCGACAGCUCGUGCGCUUAGACGACGCGCCCACAUACGUCGCUGCGACGGUCGACUUGUUUCUCGUGGUCGUUGCAUCCCAGCCAUUAGUGCUGUGCGACUUGCACGAGCUCCUCCCAUGGACCAUAAUGCAGCUUCAAAAGCCCCAGCAUCAACUGGCCGCUCUCCAGCUCUUGCGCGCGUGCGUCUGCCAUGUCGUGCCUCCCCCACACCUCUCGGUCGCGGGGGCGACGCAGACAGCAUUGCGGUCGUCUGGCGCACUCAUCGAUGUCGUGUGGCUGGCCGUGUGUCAUACGAAUGCCGCUGUUGUCGCGGCCGCAGUGCAGCUCUGGACGUCCCUGCAGCACAUGUCCGACGAAGGCUUUAUCAUCGAUACGAUCGAGCAAGGGUGCGUGGGUAUUCUUUUGGCCCAUCAUCCCCGGCUUGGGCGCAAGCUCUUGCCUGCUGUCAGUGAGACGGUCCUGGCGCACUUGAUCAAGACCCUAGUUGUAUCGACCAACGGCUUGCUACAUCGAAACAUCCUCGUUGCCCUCUUGACGCUGGUGGCCCACGAUCCGCGGAAAAGAAGUACCUGGCUCGACGACGACUUUACGUUGAUGCUGCAAACCACACUCCGAACGUCCACCAAAGCCAGUCCACACCUGCUACACGAUCUGCUGGCUGCGGUGCAUCAUCUUUGCGAGUCGUGUUCGCCCCCAGAGUGUGGUAAGCUGACGGAAGACUGUGCGGCGCCGGUUGCGAUGGCCAUACAUGCGUUUACACAGCGGAAGGUGCUGCCCAAGGUGCACGAUUUGUCCGUCGCGCAAGCGGUCGAGCUGGCUGACGUCGCGCACGUCCUCGACCUCGAGCCUUUGGUAGCGUGUGUUAUUGGAGCGUACGGUCCCCGCGUCUUGUCCGAGUUGCUGCCGAUGGCGCUGAGUGUCGGGGCGCCUGCUGUCGCCGUAGCCUGCAUCGAUCGGCUCGUUGGAAUCGCUAAUAGCUCCCCAGCCCACUGGGACGCGGCGACCGACAGCGUGGCGCUCGUCCUGCACUCUAUUCUGUUAUUAGACUCGCAACAAUAAACCACAGUAGAGUCAACGUGUGGGUGCGACUGUGCUGCACCCGGGGCUGCCGUCCCGCCAGCAGUGGUGUCA